ACCAGUAAUAUGAUGGAGUUCGGUGUAGACAAAGCUAUUUAAGUUUUUUUAUCUCUCUUGAAAUAACCAAAAAUACAUAAUUGUAGAACAAUUGUAGAAAUUGUACAACCAGCGUAUUGAUAAUAUUUGUAAUCAGUUUUUUAAUAUAUGUGAGAUAGUUUACAUAUUAUUUUCCACCAUUAAUUACCACUGUACUCCUAUAAAAAAUCUUUAACGUCAAGUGCAGAUUGAUUAGAAGUCAGAAGCCAAUGAUGAAAAACAACACAGCAUUUAUCCUGCUGGGACUGACCAAUGACCCACAACUGAAGGUUGUGAUUUUCAUCCUUCUAUUUCUCACCUACAUGUUGAGUGUAACUGGGAAACUAACAAUCAUUUUCCUCACCUUCAUCAGUUCUCACCUUAAAACUGCCAUGUACUUUUUCCUACAAAAUCUCUCCUUCUUAGAAAUCUCAUUUAUAUCUGCUUGUAUUCCCAGAUACCUCUACAACAUGUCAGUCGGUGACAGGACAAUCACAUACAAGAGUUGUAUCAUUCAAACUUUUUUUACUGACCUCUUUGGUGUAACAGAAUUUUUUCUCCUGGACACCAUGUCCUAUCACCGAUAUGUAGCCAUCUGCAAACCCCUAUAUUACAUGACCAUCAUGAACAACAAGGUCUGUAGAAGACUCAUCUUGUAUUGCUGGACAGCUGGCUUGUGGAUCAUACUCCCACCACUUAGCCUGGGCCUAAAUCUGGAAUUCUGUGACUCUAAUGUCAUUGACCAUUUUGCCUGUGAUGCAUCCCCUCUCCUAAAGAUCUCAUGCUCAGAAACAUGGCUCGUAGAGCACGUGGUCAUGGUUUGUGCUGUGUUGACCUUUAUCACCACCCUUGUAUGUGUUGUUCUGUCCUAUGUAUGCGUCAUCAAUACCAUUCUUCAAUUCCCUUCUGCCCAGCAAAGGAAAAAGGCAUUUUCUACCUGCUCUUCCCACAUGAUUGUGGUUUCCAUCACCUAUGGCAGCUGCAUCUUCAUCUACGUCAAACCUUUAGCAAAGAAUUCAGUGGCCAUUAAUAAGGGUGUGAUGGUGCUCCUGACUUCCAUUGUCCCCAUGCUGAACCCCUUCAUUUACACCCUGAGGAAAAAGCAAGUAAAAGAAGCCUUCAAUGACUCAAUCAAAAGGAUUGCAUUGUUCUUAAAGAAGUAA